UAGGAAAUAAAGUCCAAAAUGAAUAAGCGCGAAUCAGCGCGAUCAACCCACUUUUGGUCGUAUAGUUGUUUAAAAAUUAGUCGAUUUACAAAAGUUGAAAAAUAUAGGCACUGCACUAUGGCUAUUGAUCAGGGGAAGGUGAAGUUUACCAGUACAGUACAAGCAUGCAAACUGCACGAUAAAAAAAUGUGCUUAUGUGACAGCGCGAGAAGCCGCUUGUUUGGUUGUUGAUUUGGUUCAAUUCAAAAUAACUUUUUAAUUAUAACACAAUCUGCCUUAGUGUAGAUGCUUUAUCAAAAUGUUAACUCCACGUUUUAAGUUAACUCAAGAUAGUAAUCACAUCUACAUAAAUGUGCAUGCACCAUACACCAAUAUUGGUGACACUGAAAUAGAUGUCGAUGGUGAAAAUUUUCUAUUUGUGUCUAGUCCGUACUUCUUGCGACUGCGCCUGCCUGGUAGAAUUGUCGAUAAUGACAGUUCAAAAGGUUCAUACAUUUGCGAUUCGGGAGAUUUUAAUUUAACUUUCGACAAGGAGACCCCUGGAGAACAUUUUGAGAAUCUUGACAUGAUAACGAGUUUACUGGCUCCAAGAGAUAUUCCUGAUCUAAAUCCAAAUCUUGUGGAAAUGCUCGAGGAAGACGGAAUAACAUUAGAAAACGAAAAGGAAGCAGAUGAUGAUUACAGUAACAAUUUCUCUUAUGGUUUCGCGAACAAGAUAACGACGGAGUUUUCAAAUAUUGGCGUCGAAUUUCCUCAAAUUUUCGAGUUAAAGGUACCAGAAAAUGUAUCUAUUGAUGACCGUCAUAUUAAAAGAAUGCAGCAUGAGGAUGACAAAUUCUCUUCUGACCACUACCUAGCAGAUUUCUAUGAUGAAGAGCUUCUAGCCCCAUACCUUACUGCAGUAGCCUCUUGGGAUAAUCAAAGCUUUAACAAAGAAAUAGACUUCUCAGAAGAUGAAGUUGGGGUCCUCAAGGAAUUGCCCAACAAGCACUACUUGCUUAGCAAAAGUGAAUACAAGCAAGUGCUUUAUGGACUUGUUGACAUCCUGUAUGCAUAUUGCUAUGAUAAGAGGACAACAUUAAAUGAAAGCACUGUGGAGUCUAGUUGGACUAUAAACAAACUAUCAUCAACAUUGAGUUGGUUCUGUACAUUUCAUGAUAUGCAACAGGUUUUGAUUGCAAGCUAUAGGAGGGCUUUAAUUCAUCCUAUAUUCAGAAAUUUCGAUCUCUGCAAUAAAGUAAAGAACGAUCUUAUAAGUUUAUUUAAGAAGGGGAAAAAGUUUGUUAUAAAAUGCAUGAUUGAAAUACAUCAAAUGUUCAACACUAGCAAUGAUGCACGAUACAUUCUAAACCAAUUGUACAUCAAGGAUUAUUUAGUUUUUCUACAGAAAUGCAGGAAUGAGGAAUUGGUUGAACUGUAUAACAAUAUAGCCAAUAUUGAAAUAGCCAAGAAAGACCUUGAACUAGAUAUAGUUGAGUUAGAGGAAGCCGCAGAACUAGUUAAACAGGAAGAAGUCGAUAGUGUUAUGGAGAAUGAGAUGGCUGUUAAAAUGGCUUCAAUGUCGCUACUGACGGGUCUAAGGAAACCUAAUCCAGCUUUAAUUAAUGAUGAAUCAGACUCAUCAUUUGAUAGCAGCGACUCAUCAUCUGAUAGCAGUGACUCAUCCGACUCCUCAGAUGAUCUGGACUCUGAUGAUGACCCAUCCUGACAGGCGGGUGAUUUCUAGGAGUCAACCAAAGGCUUGUAAAUAAUCUGUCGUGCCUGACAGUGAGAACUACUGAAAAGGAAGUGGGUUCAUCCCUGAUAAUUCAAGUCUAGAAUGGAUGUGUCUAUUUAAGACAGUGAAUUAACAGAACAAAGCCCCUAGGUAAAGGACGAGUAUAAAAAAGUGAAGUGUUUUGCAAGCCUUUAAGACAUAAAAAGACAAUUAAAAUAAACAGACAUUAAACAAAAAGAAAUUAUUUAGUAAUUGUGAUUUUAAGAUGUAAUCUGUAAUCUCUGUUAGCUUAGACAUUUAUUGAAGUCAAUGUAGGAUCAGAUUUUGUUAGUUUCACACUACAUAGAAAUUUUUAACAUAAUAUUAGGACACAUAUAAAGUAUAUAUGUAUGGUAAAUAAAAAAAAACUAUAUACUGCACUACUAUUUCAUCUGCAUAAAUGUAUAUUAUUAAUGUUAGAAAUAGUAUCAUGGGGUUAGAAAUAUGGCAGUUGCCAUGGUUUAAAAGAGGCUUGAUGAACAUAACUAUUCAAUCAAGUCAAAACACAUACUUGCGAAAGUGACAGUUCCUAACAGAGGCUAUAAAUAGUCACCCCUCUAUUUAAAAAAAAAACCUUACCAGAAACAUUUUCAAUCAGGAGCUCUCUAUAGGCAUUCUCUUGCAAUCAGUUUUAUAAACUUCUUAAUGUUCCAAUAUAUGAACAAAACCAUUCAUUUGAUAUUAGGAGAUAAUAAUUACUAGACCUCGGUUUAUUUAUUUUUAUCAAGUCCUGUAUUCUGUUGUGCAAACCCAUAAUACUGUUGGUGGAGCAAAAAAUGAACACUCAAUAUUAAGAUUUCUAUUAACUUUCGUGAAGAUAAUUUAUUCUUAAAGUUUAGUGAUCCUGAGAGAAUAUGCAUGAGUAAACUGUUGAAUCAUUAAAAUACAUAAUAUUUUUGUAUUUUAUAGGAUAGGCGUCACAAUAUUAUUGCCCUGGAUGUCAGCGACACUAAUCAAGGCACGACUCAGCCAGAUUAAUUUUAGAAAGUGGAUUUAGUGUACAUUACUUAAUAGAUACGUAAAAUUUAUGCAUAUACAUUAAAAAAUUGUAAAAAUGUUGUAAUUAUUAAUCGAAUAAAGUGAUUAUGUAGUUUAA